AUGAACUUUUACAAGCAGGCCGCAGAUAUCCUCGACCGUCUCGGGAAGAAGGAGGGCUCUAUCAAGGGACUCACCCUCGGUAACGCCGAGGUUACAGACAAGAAGCGCAUGUACGCCGUUAUCUGCGAGACCCUCAAGCAUAACACAACGUUGUCAUUGGUCCUUCAGGAGUCCAAGUUGCUGGCGCUGGAAAAGAAAUUGACGCGAUCGCUGGCGUUGCUACUUCUUCACGACCUUUUGAUGCAGAAUCGAGGAAUUCAAGCAUCGGACGCAUGGCCCAUGAAACAAGCAGUGAUGCGGCAUAAGGCUCGUCUGAAGGCAGAGUUUGUCAAGGCUAAGAUUAAAGUCGGCGCCAAGAAGGAUGGUCUCAUCGAGGGCGAGGACGAACUUUUACUGCCAAGAUAUGUGCGCGUCAACUUGCUUAUGAAGACACCCCAACAGGUUAUUGACGCAUUCAUCGCUGAUGGAUGGACAUUCCUGCCAGAACCCCCCUCGCCACCAGCACCACCACCAGCUAACACUUUCCACCGCGACGAACAUCUGGACUUCAUGCUUGUCUUCCCACCCAAAUCCGACCUCCAUCUUCACCCACUCUACGUCUCGGGAGUUUUGAUCUUGCAGGAUAAGGCGUCCUGUUUCCCAGCAGCUAUUCUCGCGCCUCCCAAGAAUGCCUAUGUCAUUGACGGGUGUGCGGCACCCGGAAACAAGACCAGUCAGUUGGCGAUGGGGAUGGGUAAUGGCGGAAAGAUUAUUGCCUGUGAUCUGGAUCUCCGGCGACUCAACAUUCUCAAGCGGUUAACGACAAAGGCAGGAUGCACAAAUAUCACGGCUCUGAACACGUCGUUCUUGACAUUGGAUACGACAACACCCGACAACUCAAAGGUGUCUCAUAUUCUGCUGGAUCCUUCAUGUUCAGGAUCAGGAAUCAUCAAUCGGCUGGACCACUUGGUGGAUGCGUACGCAGAAGAGCAAGAACAAGCGACUAUCCUGGAAACGACGACAACAGGCGGAGCAGCAGAGAGAGCGGCGGCAGAGGAAAAGAAGAAGGAGCGUCUUUUGUCACUAGGCGAGUUCCAGGUCGAAUGUGUCUCCAAGGCAAUGACGUUCCCCAACGUGCGUAAGAUCAGUUACUCUACCUGUUCCAUCUACGCGGAGGAGAACGAACAUGUCGUAACGACACUGUUGAAGAAGCAUUGGCCGACAUGGAAGCUGACCCCUCGCGCUAAAGUCUUGCCGACAUGGCACCGUCGUGGAAACCCCUCUGAGGUAUGUGAUAUCCCAGGGUUGGUCUCAACGGACGAGGAUAGAGCCAAGAUUGCGGAUUGUGUUGUCCGAGCUGUACCAGGUGGACCAGAGGGAGACCUGAUGAAUGGAUUCUUUGUGGCUUGUUUUGAGCGGGUGGGCAAGAGCAGUCUUCCUGGGCUGUCACCUGUUUGGAAGGGCCCAAGCAUUGGAGGUGUCAAGAGAGCACAUGAGGAGGCGGACGAGAUGGAUGAUACAACAACAGAGGCAGCUACUGAAGGCUCAUCCCCCGCCAAAAAGAAGAAGAAGAACAAGAAGAAGAAAAAGAAGAAAAGCACAGCCGUCGAGGCAGGUGACUCUGCUUCUGCUGCUGGUGGUGUGGGUGGUGAAGGGGACGAGGUGGAGGACGAUGAAGCGUCUGGCGACGACGAAUAA